UACAGAACAAGCGGAGCGCAACACACCCGCCCAGUGUCCCCGGGAUGAGAGAGGACGGCUGUUUCGCUAGAAAAAGAACAGGGAAAUGAAGUUGUCAGACAGGCUAGCCCCGCAGCUCUCCACGUUCAACUCGGCCCCUUCCAAGUUCAGAAGGCAGCUUUAGAUGACAAAAUCAGCGCUAUGACCGUCAGUUAGCGAGUGUCACUCAGCUACGGGACUAUCAGAUAACGUUCCCUACAGUUUAGAGCAGCGACACACAGUAAAGAAAGUGGAGGCAACUUGCUAUCUCGCUAACUAACCUCUAGCAGUCGAGUGUCUUUCGGUUUCAGGGCGACACCUCAUUUGAGCUAACUUUAGCCACGGACGGAUUAUGAAACAACUGGCUCCAGGGGCAACAAGGAUUGGAUUACCUGUUACCUGUCUUCAGUCAUGCCUUUUCCUUUCGGAAAGUCCCAGAAGAAUCCAGCUGAAAUAGUCAGGAGUUUGAAGGAGAAUGUUGCACACAUGGAGAAGUUGGAUGCUGCAGACAGCAAAAAGUGUGAAAAGGUUGCAGAAGAAGUGUCCAAAAACCUUGCUUCCCUGAAGGAGGUGCUGAGUGGGACAGGGGACAAGGAGCCUCAAACUGAAGCUGUGGCCCAGCUGGCGCAAGAAUUAUACAACACCAACCUUCUCAUCGCACUCAUCGCAAACCUGCAGAAGAUUGAUUUCGAGGGCAAGAAGGAUGUGGUCCAUUUGUUCAGCAAUAUUGUGAGACGUCAGAUUGGCAGCCGCACACCCACCGUCGAAUACAUCUCCACGCACCCAGAAAUCCUCUUCAUGCUUCUGAAAGGAUACGAGAGCCCAGAAGUGGCUCUGAACUGCGGCAUGAUGUUGAGAGAGUGUCUGCGUCACGAGCCGCUGGCCCGGUCGGUGCUCUUCUCCGAGGAUUUCUACUGCUUCUUCCUUUACGUGGAGGUCUCCACCUUCGACAUCGCCUCGGACGCCUUCGCCUCUUUCAAGGAUCUUCUCACAAGACACAAGAUGAUGUGUGCGGAUUUUCUGGAGAACAACUAUGACAGGGUGUUCACGGAGUACGAAAAACUGCUGCAUUCUGAUAACUACGUCACCAAGCGGCAGUCUUUAAAGCUCCUUGGGGAACUCCUGCUGGAUAGACACAACUUCACUGUCAUGACAAAUUACAUCAGUCGAGCAGAGAACUUGAAGCUGAUGAUGAACCUCCUGCGAGACAACAGCCGCAACAUCCAGUUUGAAGCAUUCCACGUCUUUAAGGUUUUUGUUGCAAACCCAAACAAGACGCAGCCAGUACUAGACAUCCUGCUGAAGAACCAGGCCAAGCUGGUGGAGUUCCUGAGCCACUUCCAGACGGACCGGUCCGAAGACGAGCAGUUCUGCGACGAGAAGAACUACCUGAUCAAGCAGAUCCGAGACCUGAAGAGACCGACCGCAUCCGAGGAGUCUUAGAGCCGGAGAGGAACGACGCGUUCCCCUCCGGCGGUAGCGUUGUGGAGGUGGUGUCUGGAGCCGCUGGAGGGGCUGAGUGAGUCGAAAGUGGAAAAAACCCCAAACCUUUUAAGAAUAUAAUUUCAAAUAGAAAAACAUAGGAAAAGAUGAUUCGAUUUCUCAUUUUUCUGGUUUAGCAUGAAUACGGAGGUGACUCUGUACGUCACCUGGGUGGGCCGAGAACUGUUAUUUAAACCACAGUGCUUUUUAUUUAGUCACAGUGGAAUGCCUUUGCUCUGCUUGUGCAAUGUUGGAUCUCAAAACUGUUACUCCUUCACGUAGAGUGUUGCUUAAGACUUCCCAACAUUUCCACAGGCUCUAGAGAUGUUCUCAUAAAGCGAAUUUCCUUAACUUGUCUAUAUUAUAAAGAUUGAAAUGCUGAGAGGUAAAAUAUAUUAUUUUUCUAAUGUAACUGCUUCCUCUAAGCGAUCCAGCUUGCUUUAUUAUUUGCAUUAUUGUACAUUUUCUCUGUCUGUCUGUGUGGGAGUUGAAUGAUCUCUUUGAAAUGGGGCCGUGGCAGAGUGGCAUGUGUCUCUCUUUGUUGGCAGGGUCGGCAGCCAGGGUCUUUGCUUGCUUUUGCGCGUCUGGCAGCAGUCGGGCGUGAAUCCAGCAGUGCUGUAUUUGUCUAUGCAGGGGAGCACAAGUCAAAAGCGACGAGGAAUCGAUCAAAUCUGUUGCGUAUUUUUUUUUUUUUUUUUUAACUAUUAUUAUUAAUAUUGUUAUUCUGAGGUUGCGUCUGGCAACGCUUACACGACUGAAAUAGAAACAAAGAAUCAAAUAACGCUGCAGGGUUCUCACCCAGACAAUUGAUCUUGCAGAAAGCACUCCAUGUCAUUUCCACAUGCAGAAUACUCAUAGUACUACAUUAAUAAAGCUUAAUAACUAAUAACAGCUGUUUGCAUGGUAAUGGCUGCACUUAUGGAUGCAGCCCCAACCGGACAAACAGUUUGGUUUUUAGGUUUUGUUGAUCUAAAUAUGUUUAGAGGUGCAUCGAUUAGAGUCUGGUGGCCAGUUUCCAAUCACCUAUUUCAUGACGCCAUUUCUUUUCUGGAAUAUUAUUUCAAAAUGAAUAACAUCCAUCAGUGUCCAACUUAAUAACAAAAUGCAUAUUUGCUGUUAUCUGGUGUGUUGUUAAGCCAUUGAUUUAUUUAUUGCCUUAAGCAGCCUUUCUGUGAUCACUCAUUAACUAUUUAUUUUAGAACCAGAGGUGAUGUCACACUGUGUGAGGGAGUGAGAUGUUGGUGUUGCACAGCUCUGCAGUUGAGCAGGAUUUUAAUGCCAUUUCAAACCAAAGACAAAAUGAUUACAGGUAACGUUUGAAACUCUUUGGAUUACCACAGCUAGCAUUGCUAACAGCAGUCUCUGUGUGUAUUCCUACGGUCAGUAAAACUUUACCUUAACUCUAAUAUUUCCAAAGACUUGCAUUUCACUUUCAGAAUGUUCCAUGACUAACAGAGUUAGAUUAAACAGAGCCUUCCUGUUAUUCCCUCGUUUAAACAACUCCCUGGCGUCACAGCUGACAUGCGUCUCUAAAAAAACCAAAACCUUUCUUUCUGGAACCGCCUUAAAGCUUUUCUUCCUUCUACUGAUGGCGUGUUUUAAAUCCUCUUGAUUCGGUAACAAUAUCCAGCGAACUCAUACGUGAUGUGUUCACUGAUCACAAACUUUAAAAACUGGUGCAGCGUAAAAUCAUCUUAUUCGGGCCACUAAUUACUGUCUUAGUGCAUCUCUGCUUAUGGUGAAUAAUUUAAAUAGACUUUUAAUAUGUUUGAUGUUAUAAUAAUACUGGGGAAGGUCAGAUGUCACGACGUAGUAAAAUUAGGAGGACAGUUUGAAGAGCGUAGCCUGCAUGAGCCUUUGGGCGGCGUUGGGGACCAGUGCUGGUUUUACCGCUAAUAUGCAUUAAAUAUCCUGCUAGAGUGAUUCAUCCUAAACCUUUUCUCCUUGCCAUUAAAAACCCAAAAGUCAAGAAAUCAUCAUUUGAAAAUGGUUAUCUACCACCUUACUAAAACAUUUUGAAAAGACAGUACAUGUUCGCAAGCACUUUUGUGCCGCUUCAAUUUCUCAGUGGAACAGAAAGUUUUUGACAUUUCUCUGGUUGGUGUAGCUCAUGUUAAUUCAUAAUGAAUUGCACUGUGCCACCGUGUGAUGGAUGCGAUGGUGCCUUAUUUAAAGACAUGUAACUGAUAGUAAAGGUUGUGUAAGACUCCAGACCUCUGAUCAUGCUUAUAAGCCAAAGUCACAAUGACGGGAGAUGUCAUUUUGUAAUUUUCUGAAAGUAAUGCAGAAAUCUCUUUAAAAGAAUCAUUUGUAACUCCCCAACGUGAAGCACAAUUCUGUUAACAUACAUAAGGGGGGGGGAGUCAAAAUGUGUAGUGAGGUUAAAUUUACAUCCCCAGGAGUUUAAACGUCUUGCUGUGUUUAGGAGUACUAAAACUGGCGUCUAACAAAAGUAAAUAAGACUUCGAUUUAACUUAUAUUUUAAACACAUUUUUGUUUUAUUUGCCGAUUAUGUAAAUAUGAAAUCCUUUUGUUUUUUUGAGAUUUAAGUCCAGGCAUGACAUGCACUUUGAAGAAGAAAAAAAGGGUGUGUUGUUCACAGCUGUUCCCACCAGGGGGAGCUGUAGGCAACAGCUGGGCACCUCGCUUAAAGUUGUACAAGCGCAGCGUUUCAAGUUUCUGGAACCCUACCUCUUAUAGGGAGAUAACACAGGACUGCGUAAAAGUCUCUUCUCUUUAUAUUUUGCUGAUGAACUGAAGCAUGAAAAAACAGGAAUGGAACUGCAACAGAUGAGGCAAAAUCAGAGUUUGUGUUAUUCUAAUGUGGUUAAAGGUAGCCUAUGCCAGGACUAACUGAGCUCUUACUGGUGAGCCCCCUUGUUAUUUCUUCAGGAAUAUAAAGUGUUGAGUUCCUGUUCUGUGUCAAGAGUGUCCCACUUUGAUUGAUGUUGAAAAACAAGGACCUGAAAAUUGAAUAAAUUAUCUGACAGAUUGGCCUGAACUUAAUGCAUUUUUUUUUUAUGUUGGAAGAGUACAGAGGUGAUUAUUGGGUUAAGAAAAGUGACCAAUCUUUUUCUAAAACCGGUCAGACGAAAACGAAAGACUGGAAAAUGACUGAAAAGUUGUAAGAACCUUCGAAAGCCUGGAGAGCCAAUCCUUGGACCCACUUUAAACUUACAGCAUGUGAGUCUUUGAAAGCAAAUUCAAACACAUGGCUCAAGACUUUUGCACAGUCCUGUACAUCUCUGGCAAUACCAUGUAUACAUCAAAUUUAAUAAUUAAAGAUCAAUAGUAUAUAUUCCUUGAUUAUUUUUUUUAAGUUUUCUUUAUCUCGUGCUUAUUAGUUUUUCAUUAUUUUGCUACCUUCUCUUUUUCACCCCUUACUUUUUCCACACUGGAUAUUUUAUUUACCAUGGGAGCAAAUUAAGUGUACAUAACAAAGGAUAAUUGAAGUGUGAACGCAUUUAUGAAAAUAAAGUGUUUUGGCGA